AUGUCAGAUCAUCGAGGAAUCACAGUUACCGAAGCCAAAGAGGGCUCGAGGCCUUCUAUCGAUCAUGUCGUUCGGAAAAGAUCCCGAGAAUCCGAAUCGCGUACUCAGCGCUCUGACAGCGCAUCUUAUCAACGAGCAGCGGAAUCAUCGAGUGCUGGUCGAGCAAGUGGAGAGCUAGAGGGAAGCACACUGGAGAGCAGCUCUCGCGAGGGAGGUCGCAGAACAAAGUUUCGACGCAGCCGUCAAACUCCAAACAGUUUUUUGGUAGACUACCUGCCACCCCCAAGGGGCUACGGAUUCGAGAGAUUAUACGCACGGGCAGAAAAGGCCAGACACGAUAGCCAUGAUAAUGAAGAAGCCAGCAGGGCCAACGUGCCCCAGCGCGCUCCGUAUGGUCCCUCGCAAGCAACCCACACAGAUACAAGCGAUCGAAAACCCACGCCUGAAUCACCCACCGAUGGAAACAUUGUGCCGUCAGGCGCCGGCCAAGGAGGAAACGCAUCACCACUACGCCGGGAGUCGGGAACUCAGGAUGGCAGGCGAAAUGCUUCUCCUGCUAUGGACCCUGAGACGGUCCAACUGGUGAAGAUGGCAUUGAGCCUCAGCGAAUCUCGAAAGCGAGCGACAUACGGACAGUCUCGUGGUUUCAAUCGGCGGGUCCCUUUUCAUGUCGCUCGGCGAGCUCCUGGGCCUAUCGGUCAAGCUUCAGGGGUCUCCAGCGGUAAUUACGGCAGCGGUGGAUUCGAGGACUCUUCAUCGCCGCAGUCUCCGGUAUCGCGUUUCCUACCGUUUACGGUUGGAAACGACGAACAUUUUUAUGAGUGCACGGAAGGAACACUCAAGCGCGCAGAACUGGCUCGUCGACACUUUGAGCUUUUCCACGAGUACACGCGAUUACUACCUCUGCUUCCGCCUUUAUCUGCGCCCGUCCACUCUAGGGGUGGACUAUCAUCAUCGAAUGGUACCCGUCGCGCAUCAGGAAGUAGAAUCUACAAUCCUCUCCAAACAAUAAGGAAUCGGAAAGUGCGCUACCGAGAAAAGUCUUCCAUCGAUGCAGAGGCGGCUGGUUGGCUAGACGUGCACAAAAUACACAGAUGGGUUGACUCCAUUGAGGCACAAUACGGUGAUUUAGAUCAUGACGAAAUGCAGGUCGUCAAACUUCCAUCAUUGCGAGAAGGUCGACAAGACGGAAACCAGGGAAGUGUGCGAGAUUUCCAUAUCCCGGUCUCUCCCCCUGCUGGUCUGAGACAAAUCAGUCGGACGAACAGCUUGAAGACAAAUCGUCCACGCCUUGACUGGACAACUUCUCCGGCUGAGCUUCUUGCGGACGUUCUAUGGCUGGAAAGUGUUGCUAAUAGAGCCAAGAUCGUGGAUAAAGAUGGGAACAAGCUCUAUCCCGACCCUUCUCGUUUGUUUGUAACAGAUACGAAGGUGGAACAUACACGAUCAGAAUUGCUUCCAUCUGUUGAGGUGGCACCCCAGGGUCGAGAAAGGCCAGACUCGCGCGGUACUUCCUCGUCAUAUUCAAGAGCGGCUCUAGAAGCCGGAUUCAAGAGCGUUGGCCGAGGCCGACAUAGACACCGCUUUCAUGGGCAGGCCAUGUUCGCACGAGGUCACAGCCCGUCGAGCUCACCAAAGCGCUCGCGGUGGGACAAGGUCAAAAUGCGGUCUGAAAGCACGGCGAGUGAGUCCAGCCGAGAUCGCCGCAAGUCGUCGGAAAGGAGUCAUGGAAUUUGGAGUCCUUCUCGAAAGAAGUCCGAAGCUAUGACGCGCAAGGAUACAACUGAGACUGCAGAAGCGCGCCAGUCUCGCUCAAAAUCUCGUCGGGGCCUAGACGGUACGCCCAGCAGAAAUUCCGAGGUGCCAGAUGUUCCGUAUUUUCACUCCGAGGCUAGCCAUGCUGGUCGACAAGCCUCGGUAUCCUCAGCUGGCAGUUGGGGCAACAGAAAUCUUGCGAAGGCUUCCCUUGAGGCGAUGGACAGCACUGCACCUAACUCUCCAGCUCAUGCGUCUUACUUCCCAAGCAUUGCUGUAAAGUUGUCUCCGCCAUCAAGCCGAUCUCCAUCACCUGCUAAGAGGGGGCUUCGACAUAAGAUUGCCUCACGUCAUGAGCGCAGUAAGAGCAAACAUGACCCCUCGGAAAUCUACGAGGAUGAAGACUUGGGUACAGUUGCAUCCAAGCAGCCGAAUCUACAGAGCGAGCAUCAUGCCGAGCGACUACCGCAACUCCAACCAAGUCCACUUCCAGACAUAGAUAUCAUGCGAAAUAUUGAUCACCAUACGACCGCAGAAGCUGGCAGUGAGGACUCUCGAGACCGUAAGAUUCUACAGACACCAGAGUCCAAGCUUCGUGGCAUUCUUAAAGGCCCCGGUCGAAUCGCCGGCAAGGUGGGGAAUGAGGUGUCCAAGGUUGGCGACUUCAUUCUCAAGAAAGAUACGCCUCACGAUAUUCGUAAGUCCUCAGCCGCUGUCUCUGACAAUAGCGGUUCCGAGGGCGAAGAGUCGCGAGGUGGAAAGCGAUCUGGAGCGAAGGCGCUUUUGCGUCGGCUCCCCGGCUCACUUGACGACUCAAGUAUUCUGACUCGUCGGGAAAGCGAGAGGAUUCCGUCAAAACCAGUUCUGCCGAAUUUCACAUCGUCAACACGACAGAUAGAGAGCAACGCGGAAGCGAAUGGCGAUAUCGAACGAGGUGCCUCGCAUGGCCUUGCUGAUGCGAAAGGGCGGGGCGAUGAAAUCGAGGAGCCUAAAAGAUUUGCUCCACUACGAAGCAAGACCAUUGACUUCGCAUCGGCUCGCCAGAUUCAUCAUGAUCACACAAGAAAUUCCCACGCUAUCAAGGACCCGUCAAUUCCCUUCAGUCUCACCAACCCUCCCGUGACGGGCCUCGCAAGAGCUCGAGCAUCCGCAACACCUGCAGACCAGAAUGAUGCCGCGAAAGCGGACACUGGGCGAUCGUGGAGUAUUUCAGAACGCAGCAUCUGUACCUCAAAGGCCUCAGGCCUGCCAGGUAAGACUGAAGUCGAAAGAACUCUUGCCCUGCUUUUGUCUUCAGGUAUCAAGGCAAGAGAGAUUAAUCGCAGGUUUCAUAGCUCGCGCGAUCCCCCUCGUUGGCUGUUGGAUACUGCAAUUGAAAACGGUCGUAUUCCGAGAGUAGAUCGGAUCGAUGAAUUCGAUGCUGCCGUGCAGAAUCUUCUUCGCCGUUUCGAGAUGACCCAAUAUUCGUUCCAAAACUCGAUGCAUCACUUUUCCACUGCGACUUCGGCACCUCUCCGUUCUCAGCUCAAAGAACUGGAAAGUGUUGUCAAUGAAACGCUUACACCACGAGUUCGUGCGCUUGCGGAUAGUGCAGAAGAUCUCUGCGUGCAACUGAAUACCACGAGUACGCUCGCCGUUAAGUCCCUGAGUGAUGCUCUUGACAAAGGUAUUCGGAAGCGUCGUAGACGCCUCCGGUGGGCACGACGUGCUACAUUUGUCGUCCUAGAAUGGACGCUUGUCGGCAUACUCUGGUGGGUUUGGCUCAUUGUUGUGGCGUUCAAGUUUCUUCGCGGAGUCUGUCGUGGGGCCAUAUCUGGCGUGCGAUGGGUUCUUUGGAUCUGA